UGUGCCGCGGCGUGGGAAAGCGCCUCAGAGAGGAUUUGCUCUGCUGGUGGCGCGGUGCUGUGCUGGAGCCCCCCCCGGAUUUAUUUAUCUCUGCCCCCGCCCCGGCUAGAAGCUGCGCCGCGCCCUGUGCUCACGAUGAAGCGACCUUGCGAGGAAACUACCUCAGACAGCGACAUGGACGAGACUAUAGACGUGGGGAGUGAGAACAACUACUCGGGGCAAAGUAAUAGUUCUGUCAUUCGAUCAAAUUCACCGACGACGACAUCUCAGAUCAUGGCCAGAAAGAAAAGAAGAGGGAUUAUAGAGAAAAGGCGCCGUGAUCGUAUAAAUAACAGUUUAUCAGAGCUGAGGCGGCUUGUGCCAACUGCUUUUGAAAAACAAGGAUCUGCCAAAUUAGAAAAAGCGGAAAUACUGCAAAUGACAGUGGAUCAUCUGAAGAUGCUGCAGGCGACAGGAGGUAAAGGUUAUUUUGAUGCUCAUUCCCUGGCCAUGGAUUUCAUGAGCAUCGGCUUCCGAGAGUGCUUGACAGAAGUCGCAAGGUACUUGACUUCAGUGGAAGGUCUCGACACAUCUGACCCCCUGCGUGUUAGACUCGUGUCUCACCUGAGCACCUGUGCAUCUCAGAGGGAAGCUGCUGCCAUGACCUCCUCCAUGGCCCACCACCACCACCCCUUGCAUCCUCACCACUGGGCAGCUGCCUUUCACCACCUCCCAGCCGCUUUGCUGCAGCCAAAUGGACUCCACGCCUCUGAUGCCGCCCCAUGCAGACUCUCCUCAGAUGUGCCCCCCCAUGGUUCCGCCCUGCUCACGGCCACCUUCGCCCACACCGAUGCCGCCCUCAGAGUUCCCUCCGCUGGCAGCAUUGCUCCCUGUGUCCCUCCUCUCUCUACCUCCCUCUUGUCCCUCUCAGCUACUGUUCAUGCUGCAGCAGCAGCAGCUACAGCUGCUGCCCAGAGCUUCCCCCUCUCCUUCACUGGCACCUUCCCCAUGCUUCCCCCCAGCGCGGCUGCCGCGGCCGUAGCUGCGGCAACAGCCAUCACCCCUCCGCUGGCUGUAUCAGCCACUGCCAGCCCCCAGCAGGCCGGCAGUGGAGGCAGCACAAAAUCGUACCGACCCUGGGGGACUGAAGUUGGAGCAUUUUAAGUCCCCCCCUCUGUCCUCCCAGUCCAGCUCCCUCCUCUCCCUCAGCACACGCACAUGUGCCCAACCCACGUGCCCACACACACACCCCCACACAUGGGCCUCUGGGACUUGGUGUGUCCUUCCUGCUCAGGAUGCCCGAGUGGCCGCCUUCACCCAAAGGGCCUGAGAGGUGCCGGCAAGUCCACUGAAGAACGGCACAGUUAUCUUCCUCACUGGGGUGCUGGAGAGGUCAUGCACCUUGAGGGACCAGCAACGGCUUUCAUAACAGUGUGACCAUAUCGGCACGUAGAGGUUUCCUGUGAAAUACUUAGGAAUAUGUAGACAUUAGAACUAAUAAUUCUCCAGCUAUGCAUCCUUGUUUGGCAGAGAGUGAGGGAUUGUAUCUACCAGGUCUACUCAGGCUAGAAAAAGAGUUUAAGUUUCAUAAGUGCCUGACAUUGAAAAAAUAAUAAAUAAAUAUAUGUAUGUGUGUGUUCUGCUAAAAGAAAUAACAUUGCACAGGUAUAGAAAUGGUAUGGGGGACAGGCAAAAUUCUGCAUUCAACUUCAGAACUCAGAUACAUUUCCAGGGCAGAGCGUGCUCUUGAAGGGGAGAAGGCUUUUUAGCCAAAAGAUUGCCCAGGAAGAAUGUUCAAUUUGACAGGCCUAGUUGUCACUUCCUUAGUUCACUUUCUUUGUACAGACUUGCUAAAUUGUGACGUCUAGCAUAGCACUGGCAAAAGCAAUUAUCUUAUCAGUGCUGGGAUUAAUAAACGUUUCAGCGCUGCCUGUGAGCCCUGAGGCACCCAUUUUUAUGGCUUAAACAUGGUGCUAGCUCUAUCUGCACAAACAGUGAAUUUGUCAUGCACCCAGAAGUAACCACCUAUUUAAAGCGUGCACACUUGGAUACAGUUGAUUCAUGCCAAUACAAGAGACUCAGUGUUAUAAGAGUUCAAUUUAACUUAUUUAGCUGUAUUUGGACAUUUACUUUUAGGUGAUUCCGUGUAAGAUCCCUCUCCUUUUCACUAUCAGUUUCUGGGAGAAUGAUCACUCUGGGUAUGAAUGAAGUUAUGGUAGGGACAAUUUUUAAAUUGGCUAUUAACAUGCCAACAUUGUAAUGUGGGUUUGAUUCCAAACCAAAAUGAAUGUAUUAAAUCGAUAUAAAUUAUUUUGUCAAUACCCAGAUAACUAGUGCUGCAUAAAAUGGUUUGCUUUCAUUUUCUAUUACAGUGACUUAAAAUAACAUAAGUAUUUUAAUACAUCCAGUCAAGAAGUAGAGAUUUUAUGUAAAAAAAAAAUAAUAAAAAUAAAGCACAGCAUGUAUUAUUAUGCACUUGAUUUCUCUGCUGUGUGGAGAAAGCAAUAAGCAUUGAGAAUGUUAAACAUUAUGCAAAAUAUACUUUAAAAUAUUUGUUUUAAAAAUACUGUACCUACUCGGUCUUUUAUGCAUUACCUUGUUAACCUUUUUCUAUGCAAAAGUCUUUACAUAUCACUAAUUAAACGAAGUCCUUUUUGACUGCGUUUUAUGGAUGA